UCCCUCGCCAGAUCGCCCGUACCGGCAGCGGCGGUAGGGCCUCCGUCGGUGUACCUGGUGGUCGGCCAUGACGUCACUCGCCCCGCCUACUCCAUAGUCAAGGUGAACCCCUUCUUCCCUCGCCGCCGCGCCCCAAUACCGAUCCCAGGACAUCUCGUCCGCCUUGAGUCCAAGCACUGCAUGUCCUUCGUCGCCGUGCGGUCGAGGCACGGCCCGUGGAUCGUCGGCGUCGGCGGCAACGCACCCAUUGACUACGGCCCCGAGACCAUCGUCUUCGACACCAGGACGCACCAGGUGAUCCCGGGACCGAAGCUCGUGUCGACCAAGCUCUGCCCGAUCCUGCUACCGGUCGGCGACAGGAUCUAUGCCCUGACACGUUACCCUGCCAUGAAGGGGGGUAUCAAUUUCGUGCCUUGGUUCCAGGUGCUCGAUCUCUCCCAGGCGCGAGUGGUCAGUGGCCGUCUCGUGGACUGCAAAUGGGAGCAGCUGCCCCGGCCGCCCUGCUUCCCCUGGGAGCUCUCCCCAAGGCACUACAUCUUCCCGCCGAUGGUCAGGGUCAGGUCCUUUGUAUCCGUGAGCUCCUGCAUUCUGGUGUCGAUGGAUGAACAGAAGGGCACGCACAUGUUCAACUUGGAGACACAGCAAUGGUCGAAACUGGACGACAAGAAUCUGCCAUUCACCGGAGGCGCCGUCCCUCAUGGCCCCCUGUUCCUUGGCUUUUCAACUGCCGCCAAAAGGAUCGCCGCUUACAACAUCACAGUCUGCGCCACCGACUCACCAAGCCCAAGCAUCACAGCAGGGUCCCUAUCCUUGUCAAUUACUGAGUUCCCGGUGGUGGAUGAGGCAGGGGAGGAGGUCGUUAGCAAUGGCAAAUUUGUUUCCCUCGGGAACCAUGGCUUCUGUUCGUUUAGAUGUCGCACCGAUGACCUUGUGCUCGGUACUCUUGAGCAUACACGGGAACUUGUCACCAUGAGAGCAUACGCAACAGAGGAACACCUCUCACAAGAUCACCUCAAGUCUGUUCGCAACGUAGUGAUCUCCAGCCAAAUGGAACAGGUUUACAGCGUCCGCGAUUCACUUCGGGGACUUUCUUGGCCAUCCUUGGUAGAUGUGAUAUCCCUGUGA